CAACUUUUCCUCAGCUAUGCAGCAAAAGCAGUUUGUACUCAUUUUUUGGUUACAUUAAUGUGACUUAAUUAUUAAGAGUUAAUUUACAGAAGUGUUGGAUCCGAUAUUAUUGGAGACCUGGAACUGUAUAACGUUACGUGUAAAACUUACCUGUACAGUAUUCCUACGGAUUUAUGGGCACGACUGAUGUCGAGCAGUAUGUGAAAGUGGUACAUUUCUCUUUUUGGGUGGAAAAUGUCCAGUACAUUAUCAGAAGGUCAAAAACUAAUCAGGAAACCUUUAAGAAGUCCAUGCAAGGAAAGAUCAGCAAAUGACACGGGGCAUGUUUUUGUGGAACCACAAACACCACUAAAAAACGCAAGUAAGGCUUCAGAAGCUGCGUUACUGGGGAGUCAUAAGAACAUGGGGCCCCUGACAACACCUACUAAGGGUCUUGAGGCACCGUCAGGCGAACCCUGGACACCCACCUCCAACCUGAAGAUGCUCAUCAGUGCAGCCAGUCCUGAGAUUCGCAACCGCGAGAAAGACCGUGUCGCAGACAGCGGUGAAUCGGAAAACUCACAGGAGCCUGAACAAGGAGAAGAAGUAGAAAAGCUCCAGAUAAGUCGUAAAGACAAAAGUCUGGGUUUGCUGUGUUACAAAUUUAUUGCAAGGUACCCAAACUACCCCAAUCCCGCUGUAAACAACGACAUCAGCCUCGACGAUGUGGCGACAGAACUAAGUAAGUCAAUCAAUGCUCACACAAAACUACUCAUUUCAGUCAUCAAGCCGUGUUUCAUCAAUCCUAACUGCCUCUCAGAUGUGGAACGACGUCGCAUCUAUGACAUCAUGAACGUGCUCGAGAGCCUAAACAUGGUGAGCCGGCUGGCUAAGAACCGCUACACGUGGCAUGGCCGGGUGAAGCUUGCGCAAACACUUGCCAUGCUGAAGCGAGCUGGCAAAGAGAACCGCUACGGCCAACUGAUGCAGCAGAUCCGUCAAAGGAGCCUAGAGCGAGAAGAGAGAGCGUUCGACUUGGACGGAGAGGAGGAGAAGGAGAAUGAAGAAAUGUCUAGUUUUGAAAUGGAUGGAGACUCUGGUCAAGCAGAGCUUUCAGGAGCAGAUCCUAAAGCAGCUUCUGCAAACAGUCGUAAAGACAAAUCUCUGAGAGUGAUGAGUCAGAAGUUCGUCAUGUUGUUCUUGGUGUCCAGCCCUCCUGUGGUCAGUCUCGAAAUAGCUGCCAAGAUCCUAAUCGGUGAAGAUCAGGUGGUGGAUCAGGACAAAAACAAGUUCAAAACUAAGAUCCGCAGACUUUAUGACAUUGCAAAUGUUCUGAGCAGCCUAGAGCUGAUAAAGAAAGUGCAUGUGACUGAGGAUAGAGGAAGAAAGCCUGCUUUCAAGUGGACUGGGCCAGAAUACUUACCAUCUUUAAAGAACCUGGGGACCUCAACUUUAUCAUCAGCAUCACGGCCUAUGGAGUCUCGUUCCUCUGUUGACAACUGUGCUAAAAAUCUCUUUUCCUCACCCGGAACAAAGCGAGGUUUUACUCGACAUAAUUCCUUAGUCAAAUUGGUAAAGAGCAUACAAGAUGACCGCCGAAAAAUCAGCUCUGCACCUACUAGUCCAGUUAAAAUGAGAGGUGACUCUGCAAAUUGUGACUUCUACACAAACAAAAUGGCUCAUUUGGCUGCUAUCUGCAAAAAGCAACUAGAUGAACAAUCAACGGUCCAUCGUAUUCAGCCUAAGAAUGAGGUGACAGAUGCUCUGAAUGGAAGCACUUCACAAGUAUCUGAACUACCUGAAUCCACGUCUGCUAGCAAUCAUCAGUCUCAUGGGCCUUCGGAAAUGCAGAUCCCAGUUCUUCCCGCAGGGGCAAUUCCAUAUCUUUCUACCAAGUGCUCCCCGAUCAUCCCGGUUCUGAUACCUCAGCACCAGGCAGGCGGGUCAUAUGCUAUUUACAUGCACCCCACCUCUCUCAGACCGCAGCCCACCAGCCUAGCAGUCCGUUCGAUGACAUUUGAAAGCCCAGGAAGUGCAAACACAAAGACAUCACUGGCUGCUACGACUAGCAAUAACCAAACCAACCAACCAUCAUCACACGGUAAAGAGCCGACAAGUCCCUCAACCGUUAAACGAGCAUGUGGCGAAAAGAGCUUAGCAGGAAGUCCAUCUAAAAUGCAGCGGAUAGAGCCAAGGAGUGUUUCUCCAAAACUGUGUGAGAUUCUGCAAGCCCGCCUAAAGGCCCGUAGAGGGGCUUUUGCCUCCACCCGGCCUUCCCCGAGAGCCCUGCACCUGGAGUUCUCCAAACCCUCUGAGAAUCAGCCUCCCUCACUAAUCACCGGCACAGCGCCUCUGGAGCACAGCUUGGAGACCUUCCUGGAGAAGGUUCAGACCUCCGACAAUGAGGCCGGACUGACGCUUGACAGACCACCACAAUCACAGUCCCAGAAGCUCAGCGUUCCCUUUCAGGAUGUGGUGCUGCCAUCUGGACCCAUACAUACAGAGACUUUGAUCCCCGCAGGUUAUUUGAUUCCGAUCUCCCAGCAGUCCAUUGUGAACUUCAGAGAUACACAGUACUCCAUUGGAGAAAGCUCUAAAGCCUCCACACCAACGUACAACAUCUAUCACACCCCAACAGCAGGUUCCAGGCCUCCUCUUCCUCAAGAAAUCACCCCCACCCGACUCCCUCUGAACCGGAUACCGUCCAUCUCUCCCUUCCCUUCUCAAGGGCAUCGCAUCCACAGCCCCAGUCCUGCCAUUCUCAACUUCACCCUGCAGAACCUGGGCCUUAUCCCCGGCACCAGCACACCAAACUCCACUCCUGAACAGGCCAGCUCGCUUCCAUCUCCCCACCCGGGGCUCCCUCCACAGAGCAUGAUCUUUGUGAAGCCCAUCUCACCUGCCCGAGCUCUGCAGCCGGCCUCCAUACACGGACAGCCCGUCACCCUCAUCAGCAUACCACAGCCUUUAGUAACCACACCUAAAGGUGCCUGUCAACACCUCCAGCAGAGUUUCUUUCACACACCCGUCUCCUUCCCUACUGUAACCAACACUGCGGCUCCCAGGAACCUCUACAUCCCUCAGAGAAAGCUUGAUGUGAGUCCAGGGGACACCGAAGACCUUCACACUGACCAUCAUCACACCUGCAGUCCGCACGCUGCUAAAAACCACUGUUCUGUUUGAGCCAUUGUGUGUGCUUGUUAUAUGUCUUUGAGCAUUUUUAUGUUUUUCUCUUUUUAUACUGUUACUUUACUGUAGGGUCUGCAUUCACUUCAUAUGAAUCUGUGGUGCUUCAUUCUUUUUACUGCCGAGGCUCUUGAGGAAGGCAGGACAGCAAACACGGUGCUAUUUGACAUGAAAGUUGAGGGUUUAUUUGCAAAAUAAAAGCACAA